CGAGCACUGGCUAAGUUAACCCCACUGGAAUCAGCGUAGCACGUUUAGUGUAAGCAUGGCAGGCGACAGCGAAACACGGCUGGAGAACCAAGCCGAAAAUGAGCAUGCGAACCGGCAACCGUUUCUCAUCGGGGUGGCCGGAGGCACUGCCAGCGGCAAGUCCUCCGUCUGCGGGAAGAUCAUGGAGCUGCUGGGACAGAAUAAGAUAGACCACCACCAGCGGCAGGUGGCCAUCCUCAGCCAGGACAGCUUCUACCGCGUGCUGACCCCCGAGCAGAAGGCCAAGGCGCAGAAGGGCCAGUACAACUUUGACCACCCAGACGCGUUUGACAAUGAGCUCAUCAUGAAGACGCUGUGGGACAUCAUGGAGGGCAAAGCGGUGCAUAUACCCGUGUAUGACUUUGUCACCCAUUCCAGGAAGGAGGAGAGUGUAACGGUGUACCCUGCUGAUGUGGUGCUGUUCGAGGGGAUCCUGAUGUUCUACUCUUUGGAGAUCAGGGACAUGUUUCAGAUGAAGCUCUUCGUGGACACAGACGCCGACACUCGACUCUCCCGCAGAGUGCUGCGUGACAUCUCGGAACGAGGUCGUGACUUGGAGCAGGUGCUGACGCAGUAUAUCACCUUUGUCAAGCCUGCCUUUGAGGAGUUCUGUCUGCCAACCAAGAAGUAUGCCGAUGUGAUCAUUCCUCGCGGAGCUGAUAACCUUGUUGCCAUAAACCUGAUUGUCCAGCACAUCCAGGACAUCCUGAAUGGCGGCCUGACCAAGCGACAGCAGAACGGAUGUGUGAACGGUUACAUCAUGCCUCGGAAGAGGAAGACCUCCGAGUCCAGCAGCCGGCCGCACUGACCUCACUUCCCCUCUCCCCAAAAAAGCGGAGCGAUAGACGGAAGAGGGGAGGGUUAACUGUAUAUACCCGCCAGUCGGCUACACUGUAUUUAAAAUCAAGACGUAAUAUACAGGAACUGCAAGGCCUUCAUGAAUAUUAUUUUUGGACUGGAUUAAAUGUUUUGGAAGGUGAAAGAUGAUAUUUAGUUCCCAGCGUUGGAACAAACUGCAGGUCAGAGGCGAAGUGGCUGUUUUGUGAUUUAUUUAUUUAGGUUUUUUUUAUUAGCUUCUGCCCCCUUGAUGUGCUUGCAGAUAUGAAUAAAGGAGGAGGAGGAGUGCUGGUGGAGUUUGGUGCUUGAGCCCUAGCUGUCUGUUCAGUUUCCAGCACUCUUGAUUUUUGGUCGGUGGUGUUGUCUUUAUUGUUGGGGGUGGGGGAAGGUGUGGUUGGAGAGGACACCAGUGACAAACAUGCCUCUAUUUAUAACUGAGGAGUUAUGACAUGCAUAGCUAUGACAUGUUUUAGAAUCAGAAGUUCCUGAUACGAGUCAUUUACCUGCAUUUUUUUUUUUUAGUAACUUGAAAAACCUGAAAAUCAAAACCGAUUCUUUUUUUUCCCCAUUUAUUUCUUGUAUCAGGCCUGUCUCUUCACCGGUGUAUAGUCGGUGUUUGUGAUUUUUCUCCCGGUUCUGCUCUCAGUCCCUGACCACACCGCUCCAACCCCACCCUACUCUAACCUGCUCAUCCAAUACUGCUCUGGCAGCAAAAAUGCCCUGGGUCACCAACUGUGAUAAUGCUCUAAGAGGGGAGAAUAAACUUGGCCCUGACACCUACCUCUCAUCCCAACAGUUCAGCCUUCCUCUUUCAGGUCGCUGAACAGCUUGCCUCUGCCACACGCGGACUGCUUUGUGUAAAGACGGAAUCGUUAUCUCUGCUAAGUUCGGUGUGUUAACUGAAUUCUCUGAAGGUGGAUAGGGGCAUCCAGUUGACUUGUGUGGAGGACUGCGGCCCUGUUUUCGCUGGCUAUUUUCAGGGAUACUUCAGGUUAUCUGCAUUCCAAUGCAAAUUCUCUGCCUUAGCAGCUCAGUAUCAACAUGCAAUUGUCAUAUGCUCUGAGUGCACCAAAAUGCUAUAAAUAAUUUUAAGUUUCAAAAUGCAGAAUGGUAUCUUAAAAAUUUUCAAAAAAAAAAUGUUUUAUAUUUGUCUUGUGUUGCUUGAUGAUUUCAUUGAAAUAAAGUUGAGUCUUCAUUUGCCUCAA